UUAUUGAAAGUUAUAAAAUUAUACUGUCUGCUCUAAUAAUUAACAAGUACAGUGGUACAAAAGUGUCCCAAUAAACAUUCGGAGUAAUAUUUAUGCUUAAAACAGAAAAAAAUUCAUUUUACUAUGCAAACUUAAUAAAACAAACAACAUUUUCAAGAAAACAAUAAACAUUAAUUUGGUGAAAUAUAAGUCAUUGCAGAUCAUUGAACGUUGUCACGAUUUUUGGAAUUCGAACUUCAAGCAUGAAUCAAACAUUAGAAAAAAAGAAAACUUUAAAAACAUUUACCAGUAGUGGUAGAGUAGAUGCGUCCAAAACGAAUAAUGACCACUUCUUCUGACGACACAGCUAAACAAAAAAAGAAAUUAAAGGAAAAAAAUAUGAAAGCAGAAUUGGAUCGACUACGCCUUUUUGUAAAAGAAUUGAAGUCCAAGGAUGAGCAAAUAUCUAUUAAUGAGUCGGAGAAUAAAAAUCUUGAAAGCACAUUGAACACUAAUCCGAUUGAUAUAGAUGAAAAUUUAUAUGAAGUAACUGCUAAUGAUGAAAAUUCUCCCAAUGUAGUUUUGUUGACAUCUCUAAGUAAUAAUUACAAUAUAAAAAAUAAAACAUCAUUUUUUCCUGUUACUGCUAACAGUACGUUGCCAGAAAAAGAUAAUGGCACGAAUGUGCUAAAUUCAGUAGAAAUCAUCGAGACAUAUGGCCCUUCCUCUCAUCAUCGUACGCACAUUGAUGGCAGCAAGUGCAUUAACUGUCACAAAAUACUUGAAAAAUUUACGAUACUGGAAACUCAAUACGAAACCCUAUUAAAAGGACAGGAAACAAUAAAUGUGCAGAUGAAGGAGACAUUUAAAAAAUUGUCAGAGAAUACAACCGAGAUCUCUAAAACGUUUUAUGAGCCUCUCGAUGGUUUUCCAUUAAAAUCAUUGGAAGAUUUUUAUAACCUUGAGAGUGAGACUAAAAUAAACGAACGCAACCAAUUGUGUCAUCAUUUACAAUCUUUAGGAGGCGCGAAGUUGAGAGAAUUUUUACAUACUUCUGUAAAACACAUUAUGACUGAUGAAUUGGUUAAUCAGUUCACGUGGCUCGGUGGGAUUGGAACUGAAAAGUUUAGCGACACAAAAAUGUCUACCUUAUUAUACUGCAGCAAAGAAAUGCCCGCUUUUUAAAGGCCCUGAAAAUAAGUCUGAAUUUAAAACAGAAAUGCAGGAGGUUUUGCGAGCCAUAAAGCAACGAUAUGGCAACAAAAUAAAACAAAAAAUUGUUGAGUUUGAGGUUGCAUCUAAUACCGACAUCGAAUCUUCUGAAGAUAGCAUGGAUACGUCAUAAUCUUAUUUAUCUUUAUUUUCAAAAAGCCUAAAAAAGUGUACCUUAUAUUUUCUUUUUUUUAUCUAGCAUUUUGUUAAGCUAUAGCUUCUAUAUUUUAUAAUUUCGUGAUUUAGUUCGCAGUUGCUCAGUUUUAGAGGAGAAUGGUUCUAUACGGUUACUUGAAUAAACCGGUAAUUACAGUUUGAAUAAAAGUCACGUAACCAAUUGGAUCUAUUCUCUUCUAUGUUUAUUUAUAUAAUUUAGAAACACUCGCGGAAGAGCAUAUUGAUUGGUAGAUUUACUCUGUCAUUCCUAUAUAUUAAUAUUGUGUUAUAGAGUCUACACAUAUGGAAUACGUUUAUAUUAUCGCUUUACAGUUAAUCUAAUAUUAAAUGUAAUUGUCUGCAUGUUAUACUCUGCACUCUAAAAGCUACUAUAUACAUGAA